UGAAAAUGAAGGUUUUCUGUAUUUUGGCAGUUUUUGCAUUAGCAGCCGCGGUAUCGGCCUUCCCUAAUGAGGCGGGUCGUGAGCAUGGCGAAAAUGGUUGGUAUGUGCCGAAUGCCGAUGGCUCAUACACCUGGUUGUCCACUGAGGAGAGUGAAAGCCUACUUGCCGAGCAUGAGGAGAAGGAGCAAUCGCAGACGCGUCUGAGUUUAGUGCCAGUUAACUUCUACUUGUACACAAGCAAGAAUCCAUCGACUGCACAGCAAAUCUCUGAAACUGCCAAAUCGAUUUUGAACUCAAACUUCAAUGCCGACAAUCCUACUAAGGUACUCAUACACGGUUGGCUACAGAGCUACACGGCGUCUAUGAAUAAAAAUAUACGCGAUGCUUGGCUCAGUCGUGGCGACUACAAUAUCAUCGUUGUCGAUUGGGCACGCGCUCGUCUCCUUGAUUACGUUUCCAGUGUUGCUGCUGUAGAACCGACUGGCAAAAAGGUUGCCAGUAUGCUGGAUUACCUUGCACAAUAUCAUGGUCUCUCUAUGGCUAAAGUUGAGGUGAUUGGUCACAGUUUGGGUGCACAUGUUGCCGGUUUUACGGGUAAAAAUGUUGGUACGGAAAUGGUAAAUGUUAUUGUCGGCUUGGAUCCAGCACUGCCACUCUUCAGUUACAAUAAACCGAACAAGCGUCUCAAUAGCGAUGAUGCCACAUAUGUGGAGUCCAUACAAACAGAUGGUGGUCAAUUGGGUUUCUUGAAACCAAUUGGUAAGGGUGCCUUCUAUCCGAAUGGUGGUAAGAAACAACCCGGUUGUGGUUUGGAUUUGACGGGUGCUUGUGCUCAUGCUCGUUCUUGCGUCUACUAUGCUGAGGCUGUAAAGGAGAAUAACUUCCCAAGUAUGCGUUGCGGUGACUAUCAGGAGGCGGUUAAAAAGGACUGUGGUACCUCAUACAGUAGUGUGAAAAUGGGUGCUAUGACUAAUGCUUACUUGGUAGCUGGAGAUUACUAUGUACCUGUGCGUAGUACUGCUCCAUAUGGUAUGGGAUCAUAAGUGUAGA